GAGAAGGAAGCUUUGGUCAUAAGGACAUGGUCCAUCCUCCUCCAGUUCGAAUCGACUCGACAAAAAGUUGGUCGGCUCACAUUCAAUGCUGGAGAACGCUCAAGAAGGCGCCGAAAAGGGGACCUCAAGGCUGUCCAGUGGAGGAGCCGCGGAGGUCCACGUGGAGGAGCCGCCAGAGCUGCUGGAUUCAGAGGAAAUGGAGGGCGAACAUCGGGAAGGCUUGCUGUGGGCUGAGGAAAACGCCUGCAGCGGAGAGGUGCCACACGCAGCGGCGGAUCCAAUCACGGUCUCGUUGGACCUACGUCGGGUGUUGUCGGGUGCCGCCAGCUACACGGAUGUAGAGCUGAGCGACUCCGACUUCCACGACAUCGCCUUGCACGAGGAGCUCUGUGAGGAUGUCCUGCAGUUGGACCUGGCUGGAUGCAUGGCUUGGAUGGGAACAAACAUGGGAUGA